AUGGGUCGAUACCCGCUGAAAUCAUACUUUGCUCCCUCAAAACUGUUCUUCUACAUCUGGUUUUGGGGCCUACAUUUCGGCGUAUUUGCAGCUGGAUGGUAUAUCCAAGCGUCCAGCGAACGAUUAAAGCCACUCAAUGCGCUCGCUUACUCAGUUUGGAUCUCAAGAGGAGCUGGCUUGGUGUUGACUAUGGAUGGAACGAUAAUAUUAUUGCCUAUGUGUCGGAACAUCAUGAAGAGCUUACGGCCUAGGCUGAGAUGGCUCCCACUUGAUGAAACGAUAUGGUUCCAUCGCCAGGUUGCAUAUGCCCUGCUUUUCUUUUCGAUUGUCCAUGUUUCCUCUCACUAUGUGAACUUCUAUCACAUCGAGGAGUGGCAUUUACGUCCAAUUCUAGCCGUACAGGCUCAUUUCACGGAACCAGCUGGAGUUACCGGACAUGUAAUGCUCUUUUGCAUGAUGCUCAUGUACACCACAUCUCAUCACCGAAUCCGCCAACAAUCCUUUGAAACUUUUUGGUAUACGCACCACCUGUUCGUUCCGUUCUUUUUGGCGCUCUACACCCACGCCACGGGCUGCUUUGUUCGGGACUCUGCUGAACCGGUAUCACCAUUCGCUGGAUCCCGAUUUUGGCAUCAUUGCAUUGGAUAUGAAGGAUGGAGAUGGGAACUCGUGGCAGGUGCUCUGUAUCUGUUUGAACGUCUCUGGCGUGAGAUUCGAGCCCGACGGGAAACCGAGAUUACCAAGGUUAUCCGUCACCCAUACGAUGCCAUGGAAAUCCAGUUCCGCAAACCCAGUUUCAAGUAUAAGCCUGGACAAUGGCUCUUCAUCCAAGUACCUGAAGUGUCCAACACCCAAUGGCACCCCUUUACCAUCACCUCUUGUCCCUUCGACCCCUAUGUCAGCGUCCAUGUUCGCCAAGUCGGUGACUUUACACGCGCACUCGGUGAUGCCGUGGGCUGCGGUCCAGCACAGGCAAGAGACCUGGAAGGCCUUGACCCCAUGGGGAUGUAUGAAGUCGCGCUCCAAAAUGGACAGAUGAUGCCUAAACUUCGCGUUGACGGACCAUAUGGAGCGCCUGCUGAAGAUGUUUUCGAGAAUGAAAUUGCCGUUCUUAUUGGAACUGGCAUCGGUGUCACUCCAUGGGCCUCUAUCCUGAAGAACAUCUGGCAUCUCCGCGCGAGUCCUAACCCGCCCCGUCGUCUCCGGCGUGUCGAGUUCAUCUGGGUCUGCAAGGACACUACCUCCUUCGAAUGGUUCCAGGCGCUUCUUUCGUCCCUUGAAGCCCAAUCCGCUAGCGACGCCGCAUACGAAGGAAGAACCGAGUUCCUUCGCAUCCACACCUACCUCACACAACGCCUUGAUGCGGACACCGCCGCGAAUAUCUACCUGAACUCUGUCGGCCAAGAACUCGACCCCUUGACCGAACUCAAGAGUCGAACCAACUUCGGUCGCCCAGACUUUAAGCGUCUCUUUACUGCCAUGUGUAAGGGACUGCAGGACCAGUCCUACAUGUCGGGCUUAUACGGGCAUUCGACAACAGAGAUUGGAGUUUACUUCUGCGGACCUAAUGCUGCGGCACGGCAGAUCAAGGCGGCCACAAUUGCGUCUUCGACGAGGGAUGUCAAAUUUAAAUUCUGGAAGGAGCACUUCUAG